CAGAUCGCAGGCUGACAUCCCGGCUGGUGAAUAAUUAAGCUGCCGCCUCCUCCUGGCCGGCCCUCCAUUUCUAGGUCCCACUCUGUAGCCUCCACCACCACCGCUGAGCAGUGGGCACCGGACAGACAGACGGUACCGACCCGGUGCUCCCAGCCCUGCACACCAGCCUGCUGCUCAGCCCCGGCCAGCCGCCCCAUGGCCCCCGAGAUGGACCAGUUCUACAGGUCCACCAUGGCCAUCUACAAGAGCAUCCUGGAGCAGUUUAACCCCGCCCUGGAGAACCUGGUGUACCUGGGCAACAACUACCUGCGGGCCUUCCACGCCCUGUCCGAGGCGGCCGAGGUGUACUUCAGUGCCAUUCAGAAGAUCGGGGAGCAGGCCCUGCAGAGCUCCACCUCGCAGAUCCUGGGUGAGAUCUUGGUGCAGAUGUCAGACACCCAGCGCCACUUGAACUCUGACCUGGAGGUGGUGGUGCAGACGUUCCACGGAGACCUGCUGCAGCACAUGGAGAAGAACACCAAGCUGGACAUGCAGUUCAUCAAAGACAGCCGCCAGCACUACGAGAUCGAGUACCGCCACCGAGCUGCCAACCUGGAGAAGUGCAUGUCUGAGCUGUGGCGCAUGGAGCGCAAGAGGGACAAGAAUGUGCGGGAGAUGAAGGAGAGUGUGAACCGGCUGCACGCACAGAUGCAGACCUUCGUGUCUGAGAGCCAGCGGGCCGCGGAGCUGGAGGAGAAGCGGCGCUACCGGUUCCUGGCCGAGAAGCACCUGCUGCUUUCCAAUACGUUUCUGCAGUUUUUCGGUCGGGCCCGGGGGACGCUCCAGAACGGGACCCUCUGCUUCCCCAGCAGGAGCGGCUGGUUCCCCGAGGCCUAUGUGAAGCCAUUGGAGGAGGUGCCCGUGAACCCCAUGAACGCCUUGAACCCCGUGACCUCCAUGAACCCCAUGAACGCCUUGAACCCCAUGACCUCCAUGAACCCCAUGAACCCCUUGAACCCAGUGACCUCCAUGAACCCCAUGAGCCCUAUGAAUGAGCUACCUUCCAGGUCCUACCCGCUCCGGGGCAGCCACAGCCUAGACGACCUCCUGGACCGGCCGGGCAACGCCACAGCGCCCUCAGAGUACUGGGACGGCCAGCCCCGCUCGCGAACUCCCAGCCGGGUCCCGAGCCGCGCCCCCAGCCCCGCACCUACACCUUUGCCUGGCAGCCGCCGAGGCAGCAUGGGCAGCACGGGGGUGGCCAGUGACAUCAAGAAGCUCAUGUCCUGGGAGCAGCAGCCACCAGAGCUCUUCCCUCGGGGCACUAACCCCUUUGCCACCGUAAAGCUGCGUCCCACUGUCACCAAUGACCGCUCGGCACCCCUCAUCCGCUGAGGGCCUUCCUGCAUCAGGGGUCUGAGGUCGCCCCGCCACCUGCCCAGGAGCUGCCCAGAGCUGGCGGCAGCAGCAGCAGCAGCCGUGGAUCCGAGACGCCGGGGCCCUGAUCCUGGUGGGGGGCGCCCUUCCCCUGACCAAGCCCCCAGCCUGAGCAGCUCUGAGGUCCCCGACAUGGGGUCUGGGACCUUCAAAAUAAAGCAGGCGGAAUGGGGCCAGCACCACUUCUUCCCGUCCAGGGGCCCCAGGACUCUCCCUGGGGGCCUACCUCAUGCCCCCAUCCUCUUUCCCCUUCUCCACCCCAGUGGGGAGGAGCCCCUUACACACCCUCCCCCGCCCGCACUUGUCCCCUUUUAACUUUUGUAAACAGUGAGAAAUAAAGCAAGUGGACAGGCA